UUUCUAAGAAAGAGCAUGCGCAGAGGCGCUCCGCGGAAAAAGUCUAAGGGCAGGGCAAAAUGGCGGCCGGAAGUGGCGGGCUGGCUUAGGCGGCUGGUUUUGUUUACCGGAAGCUUCGUCCGCAGGCAAAAUGGCGGACGAAGAAGAAGAUCCUCCAUUUGAAGAAGAUGCUGAAGAAUCUGGAGGAGGCCCAGAUGGUGGCCAGGGGAAAAGGAAGAGGCUCUUCUCCAAAGAGUUGCGAUGUAUGAUGUAUGGAUUUGGAGAUGACCAGAACCCUUACACUGAGUCAGUGGAUAUUCUUGAAGACUUAGUCAUAGAAUUCAUCACAGAAAUGACCCAUAAGGCAAUGUCUAUUGGACGGCAAGGUCGAGUGCAAGUUGAAGAUAUUGUAUUCUUGAUCCGUAAAGACCCACGGAAAUUUGCUCGUGUGAAAGACUUGCUAACAAUGAAUGAAGAAUUAAAACGGGCCAGAAAGGCAUUUGAUGAAGCAAACUAUGGAUCUUAAAAGUCUUAUGCAGAAUGGCAUUCACAAGAAGACAAGUUUCAAUUGCCUGAUUUGUCCUUUCCCUUGAAGCCAGCACAUAUAUUCAUUUUGGAUUCUCAUUUCUUAGUCUGGACUUCAAAUAUAGAGUUGUGUUCAGAUGUACCAUUUGUUGCUAUCUAAAUAUACUAUUGUAUUUAUUAAAGUUGGAAUUUCCACAAAUAA